GGAUGUGGCUUCUGAAUCUGACAAUAACAUCAGGCAGAUAAACCAGGAGGCUGCCCACCGAAGGUUUCGAUCAAGGAGACACAUUAGUGAGGAUUUGGACCCUGAGCCCCUGGACAGUGUUGAUGUCCCUGAACCAUGGGAAACCAUUUCUGAAGAAGUGAACACAAGUGAUUCCUUAAGCCUGACCUUGCCCCCUCCGCCUGCUUCCCCUGUUUCUCGGACCAGCCCUCAGGAAUUCUCUGAGGAAUUGAGUAGAAGACUUCAGAUCACUCCUGAUUCAAAUGGGGAACAACUCUCUUCUAUGAUUCAAAGAGAUCCCUCUGCAAGGUUGCGAUCUUGUAGUGUAACUGAUGCUGUUGCUGAACAGGCCCAUUUAUCACUGCCAUCGGUGGCCUAUGUUCAUACUACACCGGGCUUACCUUCAGGCUGGGAAGAGAGGAAAGAUGCUAAGGGCCGUACUUAUUAUGUCAAUCAUAACAAUCGCACUACAACCUGGACUCGUCCUGUCGUGCAGCUUGCUGAAGAUGGUGCUUCUGGGUCAACAUCAAACAGUAACAACCAUCUAAGCGAGCCUCAGAUAAGACGGCCUCGUAGCCUCAGUACUCCCACAGUUACAUUAUCUGCACCACUUGAGGAAGAUCCCCGACUGAAAUUUCCAGUUCACUUACGGUCAAAAGCGGCUUUAAACCCAAAUGACUUGGGGCCCCUUCCUCCUGGUUGGGAGGAAAGGAUUCAUUUGGAUGGAAGAACGUUUUAUAUAGAUCAUAAUAAUAAAAUUACCCAGUGGGAAGAUCCCAGGUUGCAGAAUCCUGCUAUUACAGGUCCA